ACAUUUACAGUAUAAAUUAUUAAUUUAUUAACUAGCACUAGCUCCUCCAUUCUGGUUUUCUGUAAACGAAACCCCAACCGCCGAUCAAAAUGGGAACACCAGAAACUUCACGAGAGCCAUGUCCAGAUCGCAUCCUAGACGACAUCGGAGGAGCCUUCGGAAUGGGCGCCGUCGGCGGCUCCGCCUUCCAUUUCCUCAAAGGUCUCUACAAUUCCCCCAAAGGCGAUCGAUUAAUCGGCGCAACACAAGCCGUUCGUCUCAACGCUCCAAGAAUCGGCGGUAGUUUCGCCGUUUGGGGUGGUCUUUUCUCCUCUUUUGACUGUACUAUGGUUUACGUUCGUCAGAAAGAAGAUCCAUGGAAUUCGAUUGUCGCUGGUGCUGCUACCGGUGGUUUUCUUGCUAUGCGUCAGGGUUUUGCUGCUUCUGCUCGAUCCGCUGCGUUUGGCGGCGUUCUUCUUGCGCUUAUUGAAGGUGCCGGGAUCGCGCUUAAUAAGUUUCUUAGUGCUCAGCAGCCUUUGCCGAUUAUGAUGGAUGAGAUGCCGCCGCAGACGCCGGAGAAUUCCGAUUUGAAUAAGUCGUGGUUUGGUGGAAUGUUCGGUGGAGCCAAGGAAGAAGACAAGAAUACUAGUGGAGGAAUCGAUGUGAAGAUUCUUGAGAGUUUUGAUGCUCCUCCUGUGCCUAAUUUCGAGUACAAGUGAAUUAGGGUUUUGUUUGGUUUUCGCCUAUGAGGUACUGAUUUUUGUUAUUUUCUUGAAUUUAAAAUUGAAUUUGAACCUCAAUUGGUGAUUAUCUAUGAUACUUUAAAUUAGUUAUCGGGUUAGUUCUUGUUUUGAGAUCAACACUACUAAUAUGUAACAGGUGUAGUGGUAGAUUUUGAUUACAAUGAAUUUUUUUUUUCAUUGUUGUUAUAAUCAGUGUAAAUAUACUAGAUUAUUAGUUGUUUAAUUCUUAUGUUUGGGGGUUAAUUGAUUGAAAUUUCAGUUAUUUGAUAUUUGAAUGAGUUCGUUGUGGUGAUUUGUGUCGCAAAAAUGAAAUAAUCUCUCGCUGUCAAAGAAUGCUGCUAACAUGAUCUUUGAAUGUUUUGUAUGCAAUAUAUGGAUUUGUGUCAUAUGACUUGCGUCUGGAGUGAAGUAAGUGUUGAAAUUUCAUUGUUCUUACGAUUAAAAGUUACUUGUUUGCUUUAGAGGUAUUGAAUCUAAAAUGUAUGAUCUUAAGAUUUGGGAGACUCGUUAGAAUAAAUGUUGUGUUAGAGAUUCCAUGAAAUGCUGUGAUCUUGAUAUGCGAUGCGGUGGACAUUGCGUUUUGCAAUGUAUAUUUAGUUGGCCAUUGGCAUAGCAAUGUUGUCUAUGCAUAUCUGAUAGUGUUGGGUUCGGGUCAUUGGCAUAACAAAAUUGAGUAAUAAAAGAACAAAUUGUGGUUAAUUCACACCGUGACGACCGCAAUCAGUGUUGCGACAUCUGUACCGGCUGAAAUCGUGAAAGCUUUUACGCGACCGCAACCGUUUUUUAAAACUUUGGUUAUAAUCAGUUUUAUGGUGGAAUUCCAAUUGGAGUAGCUUCUUGGACUAAUGUGGUUAAGUUCAUAGCCAGCAAGAAUUAUCUUAAUGGAAGUGUUCCUCCAGAGCUAACAACACUUCCUAAACUUCAAACAUUGUUGCUUGAUCAAAAUCAGCUAAAAGGAUCACUUCCAAAUGAUAUAUUAUCGAGGAAAUCAUUAGUGAUUCUAAAUUUGAGCCAAAAUCAACAUAUUGGUAAAAUAAAUUUACCUUCCCUUAAAGCUCCGAUCUAUUGGUUUGAUUAUUAACCCUAUUGUGGUGGCUUGUUGGCUUUGUUUGCAUCAUUCAUGAUUACCAAACUUUCAAUCUUUACAAGAAAAGAAAACAUGAGUCGGAAAGUUCAUGGAAGCUCAUUUCAUUUUCAAAGGCUAUGUUUCACAAAAUUAGACACACUUUCCUCAAUGACCGAACAAAAUAUCAUUGGCAAACGGCUUAACCUAUGUUGCUGUGAAAAAUAUCAUGAGUAACAGAAAGUUAAGGCAAAAGCUCGAAACCUCAUUUUGUGCAGAAGUUAAAAUAUUGAGCAAUAUUCGUCAUCGAAACAUUGUGAAGUAGCUGUGUUGUAUCUCUAAUGAGGAUUCUGUGAUGCUUGUGUAUGGAUAUUUGAAACACAUCAGCCUAGGCACAUGGCUGCACAACAAUAAUAAAUCAUUGAAUAUGUCAGGUUCCGCACGAUAUGUUGUCCUUGAUUGGCUGAAGCGAUUGCAAAUAGCCAUUGGGAUUGCUCAUGGUUUGUGCUACAUGCACCAUGAUUGCUUGCCUCCGAUUGUUCAUCGCGAUAUAAAAAUAAACAACAUAAAAAGUUGCUGAUUUCGAUCUUGCUAGAUCGUUGAUAUUACUUUUGGAUUCUCAACAUAGUUGAUUUCAAAGUUUGGAUUCUCAACAUAGUUGAUUUCAAAGUUGAGGUAAAAUAAUAGAAAGGGAAAAAGUGUCCGGAUUUUAUUUCUUAGUUUUAUUACUAAAAAAUAUUUUUGUCUAACAUUAUAGUUGAUUUUUGAAUUCUACUCAAAUGAGAGGUUGUUAAAAGUUCUAAUUUUAUUUUAUUGUGCUAAUGGAUAAGACUAUUUGACUUUCGACCUAUUUUUGUGUGGAUUGUAUGUACAAAGUCUUCGCUAAAUUCUUGGUAAGUUGGUUGAAGAAAGUUAUAUCACUAACAUUGUUUCAGACUCUCAAACCAUGCUUAAUAAAGAUUUAGCAAAGAAUUGAUGAACCAACUUAUCUUACAGGUUCAUUAAUCUUUAUAAUCAACGAGUUAUAUUAAGAAAUUGUUUGGUUAAAUAAGGAUUUGAUUGUCUUUAAGUAGAUUUUAUAAAAGCUUUUGAUUAUAUGGAAUGCGCCUACUUAGAGAAGGUUAUUAUGACCAAGAUGAACUCUUUUGUUCAAUGGAGAAAUUGGGUUAUGACAUGUCUUAGUUCAAAGAAGGAUUUUAAUCGAACCCAUUGAGGGUCUAUUUUGUAGGAGUCUUACAUUUGAAUGAUAUUGGUUUCAUGACUCUAACUUAUGACUUUCCUGUUAACAUAACAAUACCUCAUUUACCAUUGUGUUAAGGCUUUCUCCUUCAACAACAUAACAUAUAAUAUAUAUAUCAUAGAAUACAGUUAUUGGGAAAACUAGUAAGAUACCCAUAUGUUAGUACGGGUAAAGUUAACUGUUAUAAUACAUGAUUUUACCGGUAUGCACUUAUAAGAAUGGAUGAAAUUGACGUAUAAUGAUGGUCGUAUAAAGUUACAUAAACUAUAAAAUGAGAAGUAUAAAGUAAUUUAGCUGGAAAAAUUCCUAGUGGCUUGUUCAUGCUGAAGAAUUUGAGCACAGUGUACCUUAACAGCAAUAAUCCCUCUGGAGGAUACCUAAUUCAGUUGAAGCAUUGGAUUUGACAAUAGUUGAUCUUGGAAAGAAUAGUCUCUCAGGGAAAAUACCGAACAAUUUUGGAAAGCUUCAAAUGUUGACAGUGUUGCAUUUGCACAUGAAUAAUUUUUCAGGAGAGAUUACAGAAAGCAUAAGCCGUCUUGAAUCUUCAACAGAAUUUCAUGUCUUUAUGAACAAGUUUUCAGGUACUCUUCCCAUGGAUUUUGAUCUUUUUUCAAAGCUUGACUCAUUUCAUAUUGCAGCAAACAAUUUUAAAAUUUGUGCUAUCAUGGUAAGCUACUAUAUUUAACUGAUUAUGAAAAUAGUUUGAGUGGUGAGUUACCAAAAUCACUUGGAAAUUGUAGUACCUUGGUUGACCUGAAAAUUUUCAAGAAUGAGUUUUCUGGUAAAAUUCCUGAUGGACUUUGGAGAGCUGAAUAUUUGGUAGAGUUUCAUGAUUAGUGAUAACAAGUUCAAUGGCAAGCUUCCUCAAAAUUUGUCUUCAAGCAUUUCACUUUUUGAUAUUAGUUAUAAUCAGUUAGUUUUAUGGUGGAAUUCCAAUUGGAGUAGCUUCUUGGACUAAUGUGGUUAAGUUCAUAGCUAGCAAGAAUUUUCUUAAUGGAAGUGUUCCUCCUGAGCUAACAGCAUUUCCUAAACUUCAAACAUUGUUGCUUGAUCAAAAUCAGCCAAAAGGGUCCCUUCCAAAUGAUAUAUUAUCAUGGAAAUCAUUAGUGAUUCUUAAUUUGUGCUACAUGCACCGUUAUUGCUUGCCUCCGAUAUAAAAACAAGCAACAUACUUUUGGAUUCUCAAUUCAAGGCAAAAGUUGCUGAUUUCGGUUUUGCUAGAUCGUUGACCUACUUUUGGAUUCUCAACAUAGUUGAUUUUAAAUAAUAGAAUUCUAUAAGCAUAUAUAUACUAUGACACAUAAACGAAAGGGAAAAAAUGUCCGAAUUUUAUUUCUUAGUUUUAUUUUGGACAAAAAGAUAUUUUUGUCUAACAUUAUAGUUGAUUUUUGAAUUCAACUCAAAUGAGAGGUUGGUUAAAAGUUCUAAUCGUUAAGGCUAUUUGACUUCCGACGUAUCUUUUUAGUGGAUGGUAUGUACAAAGUCUUUGCUAAAUUCUUGCUAAAUUGGUUGAAGAAAGUUAUCACUAACAUUGUUUAAGAAUCUCAAACAACGUUUAUUAAAGGAGUUCAAAUUCUAGAUGGUAUCUUUAUAAUCAACCAGUUAAAUUAAGAAAUUGUUUGGUUAAAUUAAGAAAUCUUUUGAUUAUAUGGAAUGCGCCUACUUAGAGAAGUUUAUGACAAAGAUGAACUCUUCUGUUCAGUAGAGAAAUUGGGUUAUGGAACUCCAUCAUGAUAUACAAUGGGAACAAUUGAUGAACCUGUAAAAUAAAUGGAAAAAACUCAGAGAAUCACAGCGUCGGACAUGCUUACAUUGCCACCAUGACAGAAACAUAUCAGAUGUCUUCUUAAGAAAUAGUAAUUUGGCCUCUUCUUCAUUUAGAGUUAAGGUGUGAUAUCUAUUUAAGGUAGACAUUUAAAAUGAAUUCAUAAACUUAUGUUUUCAUUAUUACUUGUUAGUGAAGUAACAACAUAUAGAAAGAUAUAUCUACAAUAAUAGUGUCUCUAUCUGUCCUAAGAAUAAAGAUGAAUCAACACAAAUGAAAUAAGGCUUUGAAAAACCUACACUGUUAAUUUGUCUACUGUAAAUGUGGAUAUAGUUGUUCAAAAAUUGGUUACCAGACAUACACCAUCAAUGUAUUUCAAAUUUAAAUGAAAUCAAUACAGAGGAUUCAAACAUUAUAUAUAUGUCCAUAUAUUUACUUCCAUUGACAUUGAAUUUCAGUUUCAAUAUUGACUAAAGUUGAAAACAGUAAUGCAUAUUAUGUAAGUUUGAAUUUAGUAGGUUAAGCAUGAUUGUCAUGAAGUCCACAUAUUGAAACUAACAUUGAAAUAAACAUGGUUUACUUCAUUUCAUGUCUAUAAUUUUGACUUGUCAUUGUUCAUGAGUCUCUCUAUUUCCAGGGAUCAAAAAGACAUUCAAUUAGACAUGGUUUCUUCCUUUAAUUUAUAUUCAAUGGACACACAUAGUUGACACUCUCUUAAUGUCCACACAUUUUCUCUACAGUGUAUCUGAACACAGUUUCAGAGUUUCAUAGCUAUUCAAAGUUUACAUAUUGCGCAUGAAUCUCUCAAUGUGAACACAAGCCAAAGAAGAAGAUAAGAAUACUAGUGAUGUGAAGAUUCUUGAGAGUUUUGAUGCUCCUCCUGUGCCUAAUUUCGAGUACAAGUGAAUUAGGGUUUUGUUUGGUUUUCGCCUAUGAGGUACUGAUUUUUGUUACGUUCUUGAAUUUAAAAUUGAAUUUGAACCUCAGUUGGUGAUUAUCUAUGAUACUUUAAAUUAGUUAUCGGGUUAGUUCUUGUUUUGAAAUCAACACUAAUAAUAUGUAACAGGUGUAGUGGUAGAUUUUGAUUACAAUGAAUUUUUUUUCAUUGUUGUUAUAAUUAGUGUAAGUAUGCUAGAUUAUUGAUUGAAAUUUCAGUUAUUUGAUA